GCAAAGGCAGCUACCUGCUCACCGUCCUAUUGUCUCUGCCCCCACCUACCGUGUGCACGUACCAGCAGGGAUGUUGAACAGCGGAUCAUGCUUGGCCGGCGGACAUGACGGCAAUAACGACCAGCCGAACGGAGACGGUGGUGGCCAGCAGUAUGAAGGGACCGGCGGCAAGAAGCAGCUCGAGUCCUCGAGGCUCAAGAAGAGCAGCGGCAACAAAGAUAAAGCCGACGCCGCAGAGGACGACUACCCCAACCCCAAGUACUGCACCAACAACACCAGCGGUGGUACCAGCGUAGCCGGCGCGCCCUACUGCGUCGGCGUCGGCGUCGGCGGAGGCGGAGGCGGAUACGGGAACAGCUCUCGCUGCGGCGGCGGUGGCGACGGCGACAGCUAUGGCAACAGCUGUCCCUACGGCACCGGCGGCAACGCACCAUACAACAACGCUCCCGCCGCCUUCUGGGCUCCCCAGGACGGCGCCAGGUCGCCGUUGUACAUCAAUACCCAGGCGGUGCACGUGUACGGCAUGCCUUGUGUGUCCAACAACGAUAACAGCAACGACGACGACAAGAGGACGAAGAGAGGCAACGGGUUCUUCGGCCCGGUGUUCCAUGCCGCCGGCCACUUCUUAGAUCGAAAGUUCGGCUUCGACGGCAGGGACUGAUGACUGAUCCAUAUGUAGACAUGGCCGACGUGCCAUCUAUAUAUGAUCAUAUAUGUUUAAUUUGCUUCACCCUAGCCGUCUCCACAUGUAGACAUCUAUAUAUGAUCAUAUAUGUUUAACUAGCUGAAUGCCCGUGCGUUGCAACGGAAAUAUAUAAUACCAAUAUACUGCGAUAACUUAUAUACAAAAUGUGUGUUAUAUUGUUAUGAG